AUGAUGCCAGCCGAAAAAUUAAAAGUAUUCCGGGAAAUGAUCUUCGCCAUUGAAAACAUCUCAUCCAAAGUGCGUGAACAAACAACGUUAUUGAAAAUAUGUGCCGAUUUGAUUCGAAUGAAAGACGAGUGGAUAGAUCUGUUAGAAGAAGAUCGAUAUUGGACAUUUGAUAUAGCUUUAAUAUCGAGUGACUGGUUUAGCUUAUUCAAAAAGAGCUUUUACACCAGUCUAGAAAAAACGCAACAAUUAAUUGAUGAUUGCCUGAAAAGGGGUGUUCAAGCCGACGUUCUGGAAGACCUACGAAGUGAAUUGACUCAUUUAGUGCAUCAUAAUACAUUAAUUCAAAUGUGGGACCGGUUAAAACACAGCCGAAUCAACUUGUAUAAAGAACAUCUAUUGGAUACAAUGAGAUAUUUCACAUUGCUCGGCGAAAGAAGAAAACAAUGGAUGGCGUUGAAAGGUUCGUCGAAAAGUUUACUUACGUUUUCUAAUCAACAUAGUAAAGUAAUUGACUCAUACGUAGAGAAAUGCAUUCGUUUACAUCAAUCCGUACAGGUUCAGGGACUGGUGGAGAAUGUUAAGGAUUUUCUUCGUCAUUAUACUAACUUGUCUUUGUCUUCUGCAGAUCAAACUAAGCUUAGUAAAGCACUUCACUGUUUUGAUGUUCCUUUGAAUAAUAUUNUUGAUGGUUCACAAGCAGUACUUUUACUUAAUCGAGGUAACAUUGGAAGUGAACCAAUAACUGUUAAAUGGAGUUAUAUUAAUUUUCCUGCUAAUAAAUCAGCUCUUGUUCGAGAUCUGGUCAAUCGAAAAGAUCUUGGAACAUUUACUGGUAGUUAUACAUCACCAAAUAUUACUCGUCAUGAAAUCAUGAUGUUAAAGGUUACUCCUACAGCGUAA